UGUGCCGUCAACUAGGUAAACUCAUGAUGUGGAGACCAGGUAGAAGUGGAAUUAUGUAUAUAAUAACUGAGCCUUGAGGAUGACAUUUAAUGUUCAGUAUUAACUAAGGUAGACGAUAUACUUACCUCGAGAAUGUAUUCACUGAAGAGCUUAGCACUUGUUCCCCUCGUUGCUCUGGUACAGCAGGCAAGUUGCGCCUAUCCGGGCUCAAAUACAACAUGUUCUCUUGACAGCCUGAACCGCCAGCUGUCCUCGAUUAAUAGCCCCGUAUCUAAAAACGCGACAAUACUAUCGGCCGUCUUCGUCCACGCAAAUGGAAGUUACGGUGAUGCCGAAGUCCCCCCAGAUCUUCCGCCUAUGCUCCCGACCGGCUUGCCAGAGCUAUGUGCCGUAAAGGUUAAUGUAACUUCAUCUGAGUCGUCUUCGUACAUCUUCGCUUUAUUCCUACCCUCAGAAUGGAAUUCGAGACUUCUAACUACUGGCGGAGGAGGAACUGGAGGAUACCUCAAUUACCUCGACAUGGGCAUCGGAACGCAUUAUGGGUUUGCUGCGAUGUCGACAGAUAAUGGACAUAGCAGCUCCCCCUAUGAUGUUACCUGGGCCUACAACGCCGCAGAAAAAGAGAUUGACUGGGGCUGGCGUGCGAUGCACGGAUCGGUCGGUCUUUCUAAGCAAUUGAUCAAAACCUAUUAUGGCGAAGACGCUCGAUACUCUUACUACACCGGCUGCUCGACCGGCGGUCGACAGGGGCUUAAGGAAGCACAAGUCGAUGCCGACAGCUUCGACGGCAUGUUAGUCGGUGCGCCAGCCUGGUGGGUAACUCACCUGACAAACGCGAUCACCAGGAUCCAGAAAGUCUACUAUCCACUAAACAACACGAGGAGUAUUCCCUCGAAAUUAUUCCCCCUCAUUGCCCAGACGGUGAUUGAGCAAUGCGACGAGGUGGAUGGUGUUAAGGACGGUAUCGUUAGCUCACCUGAAAGCUGCCAUCCGGAUUUCGAAGUAUUGAAUUGCGAAAGCCCUACAAACUCAUCUGCGAACGCAUCGGCGUGUCUUACAUCCUCGCAGCUAGAAACCUUACAGGAGAUCUAUUCAGAUUGGUAUGUUGGGGAAGAGUUGGCGUACCAAGGCGUCGGAAUCUCCUCGGAGUUGGGGUGGUCGACGAAUAUUCUUCCUCCCGAACCGCUCUCAUUUGGUUACGAUUUUUUGAGAUAUGGAGUACUUGGCGAUUUGAACUGGCCACUCUCAGCAUGGAACAACAGUGUCUAUGAGCAUGUAAAAACCCUCGACAUUGUCAAUGAAUUCGACGCCAAUAAAUAUGACAUGUCGCCUUUCCGAGACCGUGGUGGGAAGAUUUUGAUGUAUCAUGGAUUGUCGGAUCCUUUGAUCGUCACGCGGGGGUCAUCAUAUUUCUACGAACAGGUCAAACUGGCGACGGGAGUAUCGCAUCCAAUUACCGACUGGUUCCGCCUUUUCUUCAUUCCAGGUAUGGCGCACUGUCUCGGAACAUCGGUCGACGCGCCGUGGCAUAUAAACGGUGCGGGUCAGAAUUGGGUCCUAGGAAGUAACGUGUACUCGGUGCCUGGGUUUCAAGAUCCGAAGCAUGACGCCUUGCUUGCGCUGAUGGACUGGGUCGAGGGUGGGAAGGCAGUCGAUCAACUAAUCGCGACGACAUGGCACAAUCAGACUGUUACAAGUUCGGGGGUAUUGAGGCAGCGUCCUCUUUGUCCGUAUCCGAAGAACGCCGUUUACGAUGGUGUUGGUGAUGUGAACGAUGCACAAAGUUGGAAUUGCGAAUGAAUUUCGGUUCGUUUGCGAUAACUAGAGGAUAUAAAGCAAAAUUCAAGGUGAAAUAAUCGCUCUAUAUGUAACCGGAAUUUAGAAAUCUGAAAUAUAGAUGUAUUAAUUACUGAAAGAAUUUCAUCUCCAU